UGUUCAUGAAAAAGUUAUAAUUUCACUUUUCUCUCUUUGGCUAAAAAGAAUUAAUUUACUACAUGGCAUAUACAUUAAACUGUAAAUCACUUGUGUUUGAUUGAUAAUGAGACACAGGUAAUAAUUAAAGAUAGAUUUCUAGGAUAUUUUUUUCUUUCCCCUUCUCUUAAAUUUAUGCUCGCGGUAGGAAUCAGUUUCGUUAACUCCUCCUACUAGAUACGUCUCUGCUUACGUUUAUAAUCAGCAGUACAAGAUAUCAGAGCAGUCAUAAAAUCGGAAUUCAGUGCACAGUCUGUCGUAUAUGCAACUGAUAAAAUACUUAAUAAUUAUAGCUCUUUAAUUAAUGAAUUGACGACGAAGCUAAUUUCAUAAAAGUCUAGCAAAAUGGUGAAAACAAACAAUAAUAACGUUGCAAGAAUAGUGGAUAACGAUUGUAAGAUCCAUAUGGAGGAAUCGGAAAAGUUGUUGGAACCCAAAAAAUCGCGGAACGCGCAAAUGUGCAUCGAAUUCAACGAUCUUUGUUAUUCAGUUUGCAAUAGUAAAGAGACUGAAAAAACGAUUUUACAUAAUGUGACGGGAUACUUCGAACGGAGGAAGGUUACGGUGAUAAUCGGUCCUUCCGGUGCAGGAAAAACCACUCUGCUGAAAAUCAUAUCGGGCAAACGACUGACGGACAUUAAGGGCACCAUUACUAUAAAUGGCAUUGAACGAAAUAAAGGGACAUUCCGGAAACAGGUGUGCUAUGUGCCGCAACAAUUGGCUCUAUUACCGUUCCUCACAACUAGAGAAACUCUUUAUAUAGCGGCUCGACUGAAACUUGACAUUAAUCAGAGCAAAGAAGCAAUUUGUUCAGUUGUAAACGAUAUAGCGGAAACUCUCAGUAUAUCAAAUUGUCUGGACACAUUAGCGAACAAAUUAAGUGGUGGCGAACAGAAGAGACUCUCUAUCGGCGUGGAAAUAAUUGCUAAACCAUCUAUUCUAUUAUUAGACGAACCAACAAGCGGUCUCGAUAGUGUGGCCUCUUAUCAGCUCGUUAACAUGCUGCAUGAUAUGUCGAGAUCAAAUUGCACUGUGAUUUGUGCAAUACAUCAACCCAGUAGUCAAAUAAUUUCGCUUUUCGAUAACAUUAUGGUAUUGAGUCAAGGCAGAAGUAUGUACUGCGGUUCAAAGAGCGAGAUUUUAAAGACGUACAAUAUUGCCGGAUUCACGUGUCCCAGCUUCUAUAACAUAGCCGAAUUUGUGCUUGAAGUAAUAACCGAGCAAAGAGGUGGUGACUUAGAGAAUCUAUACAAAAUUUGUCGUGAUGAAUGCGAAAAAUUCAAAUUACAUAAUAAAAAAUUGAAUUCAUUAAUUGAUCCCAAGCAAGAAUGUGAAACAAGUGAUACAAGUACACUAAUAAACAUAAUACAAGAAAAGUCGACAUGGCAACAGCAAAAAAUUUUAUUUUUACGAGCUCUAAUCUACAUAAAGAGAGAUACAGUCUUAACAAAAAUAAGAUUUGUGACGCACAUCAGUGUCGCGCUGUUAUUAGGGACAGUUUUCUAUAAUUUUGGUGACGAUGCGGAAAAAGUGAAUAGUAAUAUCGCUUGCUUGUUUUUUUUUCUGUUAUUUUUAUUCUUUGUGAAUGCUGAACGAACAAUACAAACGUUUCCCAUAGAAGCGGAAGUAUUUUUAAAGGAAUAUUUAAAUAAUUGGUAUUCUUUGAGAUCCUAUUAUAGUGUAAAAAUAAUAACGGAUCUCGUGAUGCAAAUACUUUGUACAUCAGCCUUCGUAUUUAUAUCAUACUAUAUGACAGGACAGCCAAUGGAAUAUGAUAGAAUUCUAAAGACGUGGAGCAUUUGUCUGUUGAGUAUGAUGCUUGGACAAACAGUCGGAAUAAUUGCAGGCACGGCAUUUGGUACUGAGUUAGGUAUGUUUUUAAUAUCGGCAACUCAUAUACCAUUAUUGCUCUUCGCUGGAUUUUUUACGAAAAUAGAAGAAAUGUCGCCGUACCUGCAGCCUUUAAGUAUUACAAGCUAUUUCAGAUAUGCAUUUGAAGGGAUAAUGCAGGCGAUCUAUCUUGGCCGAUCGAAUCUGAAGUGCUCGGAAAUUUACUGUCAUUUACGUUCACCAAGCAAGAUUCUCUCAAUGUCGAACAUGCCAACAGUAUCAUUUUAUGCAAUUCCGAUAAUACUUGGCUCUUGGAUACUCUGUUUACACGCGAUCCAUUAUGUAAUACUUCAUUGGAAAAUUUAUUAUGCAAAAAAAUGAUGAGUAAAAUUAAUAUUCACCUCAAACUAUAAUACGUAUAUUCUCAAAAAAAUGUUCUCAAGAUAUCUCAAAUAAAAAAUUACUUAUUGAGCAAAUUCUAUCUGCAAUAUAUGCAGAAUCUCAAGAAAAAUAAUGGGAUUAAGAAUAUAAACAGUUUUGUAAAUUGUUUAUAUUUUACACUAAGUAAUAACAACGUGUGAAAAAAGGUGUGAAUUUUAUAAUUUCUAGUUUGAACAAACUAUGCGUUGGUAACUGAUUAUGAUGACAGUAGGAAUUUGCGUUUUUUUAAAAGUAAAUUAGGUUAAAUAGCUUGAAUGAAAGUGUUAUGUGUUUAAGGCCAGAUUGCACCAACGUUACUUUGACUUUAAGCGAGGCUUAAAAACUCUCACUUUCUCUUUUUAAAGCAGAGAAAAGAUAGAGUUUAAAGUGUCAUUUAAAGUCAAAGCAAGUUGGAGCAAUCGCUUUCGGGGAAAUGCUAUUAGUGCUAUUUGUGCCAUUCUAUCCUUAUUAUAUAUCUAAUGAAUGAAAGAUAGAAUAAUACAAAUAGCGCUAAUAUUACGUCUCCUCAAACUCACGUAUAGAGAGAGUAGAAGCACUGUGUUUUUAAUGUUUUAAAUUAGCAAUAAAUUAAGAAGGCAAGAUGCUAAGGUAAUUGUAAAUAAACCAGAUUGGUAGAAGGAUGUAGAAAUGAAGAAAGUGGAAGAAGUAAAAUAUAUAUAAAGUAUAGAAAGAUAAAAUAGAUAUUAAAGAAGAUGGGCGGUAUUAGAGAUUUAAAUCGCGAAAAUUGCAGAAAAAUAUAUAAGACGAGUAAGAAAAUUAAUUGUAGUAAAAAAAGAUA